AUAAAAAUGAUUGACUCAGUCAAAGUAAGAAGACAGUGCAUGCAGGAUUUCUACUCUCACUAUGAACAUCUAUGUGCUCUUCAAGGCUCUGUCCCACUGAAAGCUGUGAAAGCCAAUCUCAGUGAGGGUGCUCUCGAUCUAACUGUAGAUCGAAUCAAAGCUGGAGACUGGGCGCCACUUCUGCAUGCCCUCAGGCAUGGUAAAACCCUGACUUCUGUUGCAAUAAGAAGUUUUCAUCAACAGGGUCUUGGAGAAUCAGGUGUUGAAAGGUAUAAAAGUUACUUCAGAAGGCGAAUUCCACCAAUUCGAUCAAAAGACUUAACUGGUCAACUAUGUAAGGCUGUCAAAGGCUGUCUGAGUAUAUCAGAUGUACUAAAAAACUUGGAACUGCAGGGAUUGCUUCUGAGAGAGAGAGAUCUAAUACUUUUGACAAAGGGAUUGGCCAAAACCUCAUCCCUGGAGAGUAUCUCUGUAGCCCACUGUCCAAUUGGAGAUGGAGGAUUAGAAACAAUCUGUCAGAGUGUGAAGAAUUCGGCUAGUAUCAGAUCCAUAAACUUCACAGGAUGCAGCCUUACCUGGCGAGGGGCAGAACACAUGGCAAAUGUUUUAAAGCACCAGGCAAUGAAAAGACAUAAUGAAGCUUGGGCCGAGAGCCUACGUUAUAGGAGACCAGACCUAGAUUGUAUGACAGGAUUGAGGCGCAUUACUUUCAACUGCAACAUGCUUGUUGGAGAUAGAGGGGCCAGUGCCUUUGCAGAAUGCAUAGGGGAGGACUUGUGGCUGAAAGCACUUGAUUUGCAGCAAUGUGGAAUAUCCAGCGAAGGAGCAAAGUCAUUAUUCGAUGCUCUUCAAACUAAUAGAACAUUAGUGGUACUUGACAUUAGAAAAAAUCCCUUAAUAGAUCAUGUUUUGGUGAAAAACAUUGUUGAAAAGGUUCUUAUGAAUGGAAAUGGUGCCCAUUCAGAGACCCAGUACAAAUGGCUGACCUCUCCAUCUUCAAAGGAUGCUUUGAAAACUAGACCGAAGAAAAGAACUAUUGUCUUAGGAAGUGGUCGAAAAGGAAAAGCUACUAUUCGUAUUGGAUUAACAUCUAAAAAGUCUGCAAGUCCUGGGAAAAGAAAUUCAUCUGUGAAAGAUGUUUACUCGCCAAAACCACUACCACCAGGCACAAAAGGCUUCCUUCCUUGGCGCACUGCAGAACGUGCGAAGAGAUGCAGGGCUACUCCGGUGGAUAGUACUCARGAGUUACCAGUGAAGAUUCAGACAGGUAUUCCUGUGAAAGUGACAGUAGAAAGUGCUGCUACUUCUGAAACUGAAGACACAGAAGAAUUGGAUGAUAUUAUCCACCAUCCUGGUUUGAAAAAAUCUAUAGAUAAAAUGAAUGUAACAAAGUAUCAGCAGUUACAGCUUGACCUGGAAGAAUGCCUGCUGAAAUUAAAGGAAGAAAGAAGAGCCAGARUAAAGGCUGAGGAACGGAUAAUGGAGUUGGAGGUUGAAAAUGCAAGAUUGAGGAACCUGAACAUCUCCCUGUCUGAGGUUCUUCAUACACAGUCAGUAACCAAUAUGAUUUUGGAAGAUGAAGGUGUUCUAGGCAGCAUUGAGAACUCUUUCCAAAAGUUUCACGCCUUUUUAGACCUCCUUAAAGAUGCUGGACUUGGACAACUUGCUGCAUUAGCUGGCAUAGACCAGUCAGAUUUUGGUCUAUUGGGCCAUCCACAAAUGAAUUCUACUCUUACUAAACCUGUUAAGAUGCACAAGGAGAAAUCAUUUGAAGAAGAAAGACAAGAACAUACCCAGAAUAACAAAAAUGGAGGUAGAGACAUCCAAGUUUCUUCUCCUGGAACUCUUCUUCAGUCCCAGAUGGUUGUGAAUAAUGCCUUUUCAGCUCCCAGAGAAAUACAAGAUUUUCAGGUUGUUACGCAACAGCAACUAGGCUCAUGGAAAGAAAAUGAAUCUCAAACAACUAGCCAAAAUAAGGAGGAUAACACCCGAAAUAGCAGUCCAGCCUUCUCUGAGAGACGAGUCAAGCAAAAUGAGCAUGCAAAAGGACAUCACUCAGCUAGACAGUCAUCUGCUAGUCUGCAUUCAUUUUCUGCUUCCAGUGGGAAUAUGAAAAGCAAUGGUAGCAAAAAGUCCAGUUAUAACUCUGGUGAAAAAAGUAAAAGUUCUUCUUCAAAGAAAUACAUCCCUAGAGCAAAUGAAAAUGCAAUGGGAAGCACUGUUGCAAGAAGGGACCAAAGUAGACUGCAGGCAACAGACCUCUCUGGMACGGAUACAGGAGGAUCUGGCUCUGAAAUACAAGAGAGUAUUCAUUCUGUGACCAGCACUUGAAAAGGUUCUGAAAUGUUUAGACUGUUCUUUAUGCUUACAAGAUUAAAAAUAAAUGUUGGAUGCCAUAGCAUAGCUCUUUUGUGAAGAAAYGUAGCCUUUGAAGAUACCUAAAACAUUCUUCCUUUCUCAUUUGUGUUUCUGUUUCAUGUUUGUAUCAUUUGCCACUGAGUUCUUUUGAAACAGAAAGGAAUGAGGUACCGGUAGUACAGAACUCUUCUGUUUGUACUAUAUGCAAAGGAUCCUUGGGA